UCUCGGCAGAUGGGAGAUGCAGUCGGAGCAAUCGGUAAUUAUACUAAAUAUCUGGCUCUGGUCGUCGUGCUACAGGGUGUCCAGUCUUCGAUUCGUCUGCCCUGUCCCGCAGUAGUACCAUGGUCCGCGGCCCGUCGACGCUCCUGGCGAUGAUGCUCCCGGCGGUCGUCGUCCUCGGCGCCGACCAGAACGACCCGACGCUGCCGGCCAAGUCGGGCGUCGGCAUCUGGAUCGACGUCGACACGCCCGCCGACAAGUACCAGAUCACGAGCUCGCGCGGCGAGACGUGGGACCUCGUCAUGAGCGACGAGUUUGAGAUUGAGGACCGCAACUUUACUGCUGGCGAAGACCACCUCUGGACAGCGCUCGACAUUCCCGAUGGCGUCAACCGCGCCGUUGGCAUCUACACGCCCGAGAACGCGAUGACGCAGAACGGCUCGUUCCACAUCCGCGUCGACUCGCGCGAGAUUGACGUGAGCUUCUACAACGUCUGGUCCGACGUUCCGUCCUGGACGUCCAAGAAGAUGUGGUACGCGGCAGCGAUGACGCAGACGUGGAACAAGUUUUGCAUCCAAGGUGGCUUUGUCGAGAUCUCGGCCAAGAUGCCUGGACCGACCAACAAGGAGUCGAUGAACCCGCACGUGACGGGCAAGCGCUGGGACCACCAGCUGCAGCGCGACGUGCCCGUCAAGUACCUUGACCGCAUUCCCGACAUCAAGUUUUACCCAACCUGGCCGGGCCUUUGGAUGAUGGGCAAUUUGGGCCGAGCACUCUUUGCGGCAUCGACCAACCGCAUGUGGCCCUGGACGUACAACGAGUGCGACGAGCGGUACCGGACGUCCCAGCGCAUCUCGGCGUGCGACCCGAACCCUGGCUACGGCAUGCACCCCUACAUGGGCCGUGGGUCGCCCGAAAUCGACAUCCUCGAAGGCGGUGGCAGUGACAUCUCGUCGUCGAUCCAGAUCGCGCCGGGCAUGCCGGACGAGUACCGCCUCUUCCCGGCCCAGCUCAAGUACGAAGCGACCAACAACACGGACGCCCAAGGACGAAAGGGCCAGGGGCACGUGUUCUGCUACUAUGAAAAGACGUGCUUGACGCCCGGCGCCAACAUGGCCGACGUUCCGACGUCGGCGUUUGCGGCUCGCGGCCACAAGUCGUGGUACCAGGGCCUACGCUACGCAGCCAACCACCGGUGUACGCCGGUCGAAACGAUGAAGCAGCAGUAUGACUCGGUCGCCAAGGCGCAGAACGGCCCGAUCAUCGACAACCAGUUUGACAUCAAGACCAUUAGCUCGGGUCGUGAUCUCCACGCCGACUUGAGCUUGAUUGACGGCAAGGGCCCCGCGCACUGGGGCAUCAACUACAACGGGACGUGCUUCCCGAUUGCAAACGGCUACAAGGGCGGCUUCCUCUGCGACCGCGACAGCCAAAACCCCAAGUGCGACGAGCCCCGGAAGGACUGGCAGUUGCCGACCAAGAUGAUGGAUCCGUUCGAGUAUCAAAUGGACGCUAUCUCGUCCAACUGGCAGAUCAGCUACGAAGCGUACACGACAUUUUACAAGUACCAGCUCGAAUGGGUCAUUGGUGACGAAGGCUACGUGCGCUGGAACCUUGCGGGGGCGCCGAUCUUUGAGAUCCCGGCCGCGUCCCGGCAGCGCGCGCAACCCGAAAAGAUCAUGGUCGAAGAGCCGAGCUACUUUAUCUUCAACGUGGCCAUGUCGUCGGCGUGGGGUGCUAUGCCUCCCAACGUCAAGAUUGGCGGCUGCCGCGGCAACGCGACGCACCCUGAGCCUGGUACCUACGAGCACAAGGCGACCAACAACAUUUGCGACUCGUUUCCGAUGUACAUGUCGGUCGACUACAUCCGCGUCUGGCAAGAUACCAAGACGAUGAGCGUUGGCUGCGACCCAGCCUCGCACCCCACGAAGGAGUUUAUCAAGGCGCACAUCACCAACUACACCGACCCGAAGAACCCAGAUAUCAUCGUGGCGGGCGGCGCGACCUGCAACACUGAUGACGACUGCACGACGGCCGCCAGUAUCACGGGCUCGUGUGUGAACCGCCGCUGCAAGUGUGUCGGCGUCUGGACGGGCCCCCGCUGCACCAAGUACGACCUCGAGACCGUCACGUACGGCCCGCCGUUGUAUGCGGUGGUGGGCUUUUGCGGCUUUGCUGUCGUUGGGUCGGCGCUUGGCCUUGCGCUUCGCCGUCGCCGCAACAAGGGCGUCUUGGUGCGCCAGCAGGAAGAGAUGCGGCGCGAGAAGCACAGCGAGGGCAGCUCGAACGUCUUUAUCGUGGAUGCUCCGCAAAGCGACGUCCAGAUCACGCGGUAACAUAAGCCGAGAAUGUACUUGAACUUUUUGAAUGCAUAUUGUUGACCAUCC